AUGGCCUUUGUUCCGCGAACCUCACCGCGGCUGUCGGCUGCCGCCAACGGCCCGCCGCCGCCCUCGCCGGAGACUUCGAGGGCAGGUUCAAGCGGUGUCGCCGCACCCCCGAACGCCCCUCUCAGUCCAGAACAGGCGCCUUCUGGGCGAGAACCUGGUUUGUUCCCUCUUUCGAACAAGUCCGUCCUCGGCGUUCGCCGGACGGCUCGGCGCACAGGCUCGCUCGCCUCGUCUCCGGAUGUCUCCCGCUCUACGUCGCCGCUGCGUCUGUCAGCCGCUUCUGCCUCGGAUGCAGGCGCGACCCUCGGCGUUCGGCGCAGCUUGCGAACGCGGCCUCCAGUUUCUGCUUCCAAACUCGCAAGCACUUCUGUAAAACCUGAAAGCGCCCCCGACCUUGGGGACCAUGGGGAGUCUGCCGCUCCCGGGCCGCCUGCGGGGUGCCGUAAUUUUUCGUUUUCCAACCAAAAUGUCUCUCUCCCUCGCACCCGAGCCGGCGCGGGAGUCGCUGCGCCACUCCCCGCCGACUCUCAGCACUCGUCGCCUCGGCUGGCUCCAGGCGCCUCGCCGGCCUCUUCCUUGUCGGCCUCUGUGGCGUCGCUCCCUUCUGGAGCACCACGGUCUGCGUCGGCUGUCUCUCUGGCGCCUCAGCAGGGGACGGAAGCGUCGCCCAAGGCGUCGCUGCUGGGAGGGCUGGGAAACCAGGACAAAGGUUCGAACCCGCCGCAGACGUCAGCAGAUGCAGCAGGAGCGAAGGCGGCAGCGCGGCGUACCCCGGAGGAGGAGAGAGGCCGAACGUUGAGUGCGGCCGGUCCUCAGGGGGAGAGCGACGUGGAUGCAAAGAGCGAGAGCUUUUGCUCAGGUGUCUUUUCGUCAAAUGCAGCCCAGCCACGGAAUUCAGGGAACGCUUCUGCACCCGCCACUGGAGAGGCGCGCUCUCAACCCACAACGUUGGCCUCACCUUUCUUGUCGUCGGCCGCUCCGUCCGGUUCACUGCCUGAAUGUUUCCUUUCGGCCCAAUUCGGGACAGUCCCGAAUAGGGAUGCGUCGACUCUGUCCACUGACACUCUCCACUGUUCCUCGUCUUCGGCGUCUUCCUCUGCGUCUUCUCCCUCUGCGUCUUCUUCCUCUGCGUCUUCUUUCUCUGCGUCUUCUUCCUCUUCGUACUCUUCCUCUUCGUAUUCUUCCUCUUCGUCUUCUUCUUCGUCUUCUUCUUCGUCUUCUUCUUCGUCUUCUUCCUCUGCGUCUUCUUCGUCUUCUUCUUCCUCCUCUUCGUCUUCUUCCUCUCCGUCUUCUUCUUCUCCGUCUUCUUCCUCUUCGUCUUCUUCCGCUUUGUCCGUUUCUUCGUCUGCUGUGUCCGCUGGCGUAGGGACGGGUCGCGUUCCGGCGCGGUCCGUUCGAGCUGUCGGCCGUCCGUCCUCGGCGUCCCCGCGGCGACUGUGUGUGCCGUACCAGUGUCAGUUCAACGCUGAGAAGCGGGAGUGGCGAGCGCGGUAUCUGUUCCGGGGUCAGAAGAAGAUGACCGUGUUCUCCUUGGCGCACUAUGCGCCGGAGGUGGCUGUCGCGCUCGCCGAACUCUUCUUGACUUACUUGGCGGACAACGACAGCCUUCCGAGAGGUGAGGUGAUCGCGCAGUGGGCGGAGGCGCUGGCGCAUGCGGGCAAUACCGCCCUGUGCGGCUCAGACCCAGGACCCGUGGAGCAGAAAGCAGAGCGACGCGCCGGAGACGCGGCGGAGUCAGCCGACCCAGAGGAAACGGAGGCUCGGGCGGGACGAAGCGCCUCGGAAGGCCCCGCCGCUCGCACCGACUCAUGUAAACACGACGAGGAGGGAGGCGAUAUGAGCGACGUGAGCUCCAAGCGCGUUGCGGACGGCCCAUGCGCGACCCAUCCGGAAGACAGCGCAGGAGCAGGCAGUGCGCCGGCGACGAGGCCUAGGGACGCCGUGGUGUCUCGAGCGGAGCUCGACGCGGGGCCCUCAGCUGGGGCAGAGCCGCCCCUGAGCGUUGCCGGGGUUCAGGCUGGCGUUGCGCGUGAGAACGGCGUUGAUCGGAGAGGAACUGAAGGCGCUGCCGCGGCUUCUGCGUCUUCACCUUCGAGUUCCGCGAGUUUCCUGGGUCUCCUGCAAGCGGCGAAGGCUCGCCAGUGGGUGACAGACUCGUCUCGACUUCAAGCUACGGCUACUCCGCCGGUUCGAGUUCGGGUCGCGCGUCCUGCUCGACCUCCGAUUUUGCCAACCCUCGCCUCGUCUCGCACGAGGCGUUCGACGUCUCGCUCGCUGAUUCCCGGCGCCUCGCCUGCGAAGGACGGUGAGGCAGGCGCCUCUCUGCCUUCGGGGCCCGCCGGUGGACACGCGCCGGGUGAAAAGGAGGUUGACGCGAUCGCGGUGGAGGGCGAGAGCUGCGACGUCUCCCUGUCUGAGCAGGCGGGCAGAGGCCGGCAUACGGGGCGGAGACAAACCGCCGGCGACGUGCGAGAGGACAAGCGCGGGCGGCUGCCGAAUCCGAGAGAGUCCGAGAGCGGGCGCCCGUGUCGAAAGAGGGAGGAUGUAAAAGGCGAGGAGGGGAAGCGAGAAGGGAAAGGCCGCGAGGCCGACGAGCCGGCGUCGUGGAAUGCGGUGGGGCACAGGGACGAGACGCACGUGCCCCAAGACAGGACGCAAAUGAAAGAAGAGAAACACGGGACGGACGCAGGCCAUGCCGACGGCGCAAGAGCUGCAUCCGACCCCACCAAGAUGGUGUCCCCUUCCGGGGUCUCUGCGAAUCUGUCGCCGUCGCCCGUGUCUGGGCCUCACCCGGAAGGCCGCAAGACACACGCAGUCUCUUCACUUCGCCUGAAACUCGCCGAAGGCCCAAGCAACGGCCUCUGUUCUGCGCUCGCAGGGUCGCCUGGUGGCGCGUCUGCACUCGCGGCGUCUUCAGCUAGCUGGCACGCGCCGCGCGCAGCCGAGCUGACAGGUCUCCCGCCGGGGGCGACUGGCGACUCCGGCAGUUUCUUAGGUUCGCCGUGCUCUGCACAGGGUCGUGAGGCUCCGCGAGUGGGCGGCGCCGUCCAAGUGAGCCCGAAGAAAGGGUGGAAGGAUCGCAGGCGCAGUCGGAAGAAGCACACAAAAAGUCGCUUGCACCGCGCGCGUGCGCUCGCGUCGUUGGCCAUCCAUGCACAUCCACAGACCGCGUUCUUCGCGGACGCCGGAUCGGAAUUUGGCCUCGUCGCGCAUAUCCCGGAGCUUCCAAACCAGCAAGGGUUUUGCCCCGCUCUCGGGUCGAGAGGGUCGCCGAACUCGGCGGCUUCGCCGACUUCUCCGGCUUCGCUUCUCUCUUCCUUCCGGGCUGCUGCGUUCUCUCCGAAGCACGAGGCAGACGGCGCGAACCCCGCGGUGUUCGCGCAGCCGCCGCUCCCGGGCGGGCGCCAGGAACCCCCGGGAGCGGCGGCGCCGUCUCCGCCUGGCGCGUGUCAGACCGCGUCACCCGCGGCCUGCUCGCCUCAGGCCUCUGCUCUGGCGGGUUCUCCGAGCGCACGCUGGCGAGGGGCGGGUACCCCGAGCCAGGAGAGAUCGGGCGGGGCUUCGCCGCGAGGCCCGAGCAGUUCUGGGGUCGGCGAGGCGAAGGCCUUUCCGGCGGCGUCUCAGUAUCGCUGGUACGCCCAUCCGGACGGCGGCUCGACAGGCCAGACGUGUUGUCGGCAGCACGUGGGCGGCGCGGGCGGCGGGGGCUGGCCGUUGGUCUGGCUGAAGCAGCUCGAGAUGGCCGUGAACGGCACUUCCGUGCUUCCUUCGUGCGUCGCGGAAGUCGACAAGCAGCUGCGUCUCGGCGGCGUGCGGAAGGCCGGAGCCUUGCCUCUCGCUGGCGCCCGCGUGGUGUCCCCCUCGGCCGCCGGAGGCGCAGCCAGUUCGCGGCAGGGAGAGGCGCCAAGCGAGAAGACCCGAGACGGGGACGAUCCACAGGGACGGAACGAAGAAAAAGGAGAGGGCGUAGGAGACCCGCGGACGCCUGCGCAGGCGACGCAUGACGGGCGCGCGGGUGUCGCGACGCCCGACCAGGGCGAGCAGCCUCAGGAGGCUUCUCGCGCUGCAACUGGAUGCCGGAAGAAGGAAGACCACAACGAAGGGGAUGGGAAUGUUUCGACGCCUUCCAGGAGGGACGUCUCCCCGGCGGGGUCAGAUGACGCGAUGUCGCCGAUGAAGACCAGUCUACCACCUGCAGCGGCGAGCGGCUUCUCGCCGGCGUGGGCAGAUUCCCUUCUUCCAUCUGAGAAACUGGAGGGGAAGAAAGAGUCCGGAGAAAGUCCGUGGACAGAGCAAACGGCGGAGGGAGACCGCGGAGAGCGGCGGGGCAGCUCUCAGGGCAGUGUCCAUCCGGACGGCCCGCGCGUUUCGCAGGACGAAGAGAAUUCGAUUUCGACUCCAGCCUUUGGCGAGAGAGACGCGACCGAGGAGAAAGGUGCGCCGCUGUCGGCGUCGCCUCCUUCCUCCCGCCCUCUCUCGGCCGGCGUGAAGCACGAAGCGCGAGAGGUCGAGACGGGAGACCAGAACGGCGAGAAAGAGAAUGGGUGGUGCGUGGUGGCGGAAGGAAAAGAUACGACAGCUCCCACGCUCAUGAAGGACGUAUUCCCUCUGCUGCGCGCGCCCGACACGCCGGUCACUGUCACUGCCCUGGACCUCCUCAGCCCAACUGUGUAUACACCCCGAUGGCAGGCGACCGUCGAAAAGCCGGUCGAUCUGGGCGGUGUGGGGGUUGCAAGCGGCGCGUUUGGCCACUUGAACGGCGAGCUCUGCCAGGUUGAGCACUGGAGUGGAGAUGUCGCCGGGGCUUGCCGCGUGGCGGAGACGAAAGACCUGCGAUCGGAAGCAGCCGACAGGGCCAGCGACGAGCUGAAGAAGGAAAAAGAAAAGACGGCACGCGCGAUGGGAGCCGAGAACGACGGCGAGCGGACAGAAGAAGAAGAAAAGGGGAGCACAGAGGCGUUCUCUCAAGAUGAGCGAGAGAAGGACGAGAAGAAGGACGCAGCAACAAAGUUUCCGAGGAAGACAGAUCAAGGGCCGACCGGAGCAACAGAUGGCAUGGAUGUUUUCGGUAAAACGCCGUCUGAGCAGGAGGCGCCGAGUGCGCGAGCGGGGCGUGGGCCAGUCUCAUUGGGGCAAAGCAGGAUCGCAGCGAGCGCGAAGUCGGACGUGCAGGCGAGCGACGCGCCGAAACAGAGCGACGAGGGACACAAGGAGACGAGGGAAGAGGAGACAGAGAGCCAUGAAGCGAAGGACACCGCUCGGGACGAGGGCUCAUCCGCCACGUCCUGUCUUCAGACAUCGAGCCUUUCUGUAGCAAAAUCGAAAAUAGACGCGUCUUCUGCCGACGGUGUCGCCCACCGCCCCUCGCCGGCGGCGGCGUCCACAGCCCCUAAAGACACAACUUCGUCGAUUCGUCCUAGUUUGUCGCUCUCCCUGCGAUCUUCGUUGCCCCACUACCAGCCUGUUACCACGCCUGCGUCCUGUAAACCCGCACUGGCUUCUCUCUGUUUUUCUUCUGUGGCGAGCGGAACAACUGCUUUCGCGGGGAUGCCGUCGUCUGCUCCUCUGUCUCCUGCAUCGCCUCACAAACGUGUCUCCUUUUGUCUGCCGACCAAUGGGGCAGCGACGGCCCGGAAACGGCCACUCUGCGACGCAGCCCCGUACCCUCUCAACGCGCCCCUCGCCGGGCUCGUCGACCUCUUCCGAUCCCUUCAGGGUGUCUCCGCCGCACACGUGAGCAGGCCGGCAGCGCUCGGAGCACCCGGAGCCGGGAAGACCGACACUGCCUCGGCACUGCAGGGUGCGCCUCGGCCUUCCCAGGACGAGGAGAGUGCAGCGAAGGAGACCGGAAAAGAGACGCCGGCAUCGGGGGACUGCGUCUCGACAGCUGGGCACGUGGAGGGAGACCAACUUGUGACGGGGUCAGGCGCAAUAUCCGCGACGGGGCAAGAAGCGGCCAAGAUCUGCGACAAAGAGGCAGCGCAGACUGGAGCGAGCCGCGCACCAGGAGGCCUCGAAUUGCAAGAUGGAAGGGACGCGCCGGCGCCCUCCGAGGCUGGCUCUUCGCACUCGAGUGGGGAUGUCUCUGCCUCGGGUCCGUCCGCGACCGUUGGCGCCUCACCCGCUGCUGCCUCCCUCGCUUCAUGUUCUGCCUCGUGCCCCGGCGAAACUGUCUCCGCAGACCCCAGUCGCCCUCGGCCCGUUGUCUCCGUCCGGGACAUGGCAGUGCGGCUGUAUCGCCGGCUUGAGCAAGGCGAGGCCGUUCCGGCGCGGGCGCCGCGCGAGGCUGGAGCCCGAGGCGACGUACAGGCCGGCUGUGGGGCAGCAGGGAGCAGUGCCGAGGCCCCCACGACCUCGCUUCGCAUCGACACUGUCCCCUUCAUCAAUCGAUGGAGACAGAUGCUGGAGAGGGCGCUGUCGACCGCGAGUCAUCUGCGGAAACUGGAUCUGCAGGUCGUCCAGCUCGCCGAGCUCACAGAGGCUCUCCAUGUCGCCGUCUACAUCUGCGGCGAACUCAGAAGGAAACUUGAGAGGGAAGGCGACGGUCCAGACGACACAGGAGCUGCAGAAACCCCGACCGAGGCGAGGGAACACCCUGUCCCUUCGACCCCCAGGGGCCCAAACGGAGACAGCAGUGCGGCUCGGUCUUUCCUGCCGGCUAGUGUGGACGGAGCUGAGGCAGCAGGCACAACGGGACAGGCCCCAGCCACGGGAGGGUCGGAAGGGGAGACGAAGCGCGAGGGAGAAACAGGCGGCAGCGGAGACAGUCGUUCCGAGGACAGAAUGCCAGCAGGUGGAGGCACGAAGACCGUGGGCAACACAGAGGAGGCGACGCGUCAGGUGAACAAGCUUGUCGGCGGGGAGACGUCGGUGGGAAACGGGGAUGCCUCGCAUGAGAAUGCAUCGCAAGCGGCUGAGGGAGAGAUGCGAAGUGGCGAGAGGAGUGCGGAGAGGAUGAACACUGAAGAGACACCUGGAGACAGAGUGUCUCUUAGUCCUUUGUCUCCGGCGGCUUGCCAGCCGGUCUCUUUGGUCCAGUCGUCUUCCGCAUCUUUGCUUCGGCCGUCGCCUCCUUCUCUUCCACAUCUCGCAAACGCAUCCGGAAGAGGUCUACUCGCGUCUUCCUUCCCUCAUGCAAUCUCUCCGUCUUCUUCCACGUCGUUCUCUGCCCAUCCGUCUUCGCCUGCUUCACGCCCGCCGCUGUCCCUCUCUCUUCGCUUCUCGAGCCCCGCUUCGCUGUCGUCGCGGUCGUCGACGCACCCACUCUCCCCACAACUCGUGCAGCCUCCCGAGGCGUCACCUUCCUCCCUCGCGUCUUCGUCUUCUUCCGCUUCGUCUUCUUCUUCCUCUUCGUCGGCUUCUUCUUCCUCUCCUUCUGUGCCUGUUGCACAGCCUCCACAGGCGCUGGACGUUGUUCGAGCGGCGGCGCGGUCUGCGCUGGAGCAGUCUCAGGUUUUCGGCGUCGGCGGAAAGUUGUUCGAUGCGAACCAGAAGCUGGCUGCGCGCGUAUCAGUCGCCGUGAGGGCCGCGAUGCUGGCCAAGGGCGAGCCGCUGGCGACGCGGGACAUUGCCGUCUUGCUGGAGGAGACUGAACGGUUCGUUCGCGAGGCGCGGGAGCGGCAGGGGACAGGCGCGGAAACGGAGACGGAGGGGAACCAUGCAGACCCGGAGGUGUCCCCGGCAGCCCGCCUGCGUCAAAAUGCGCGCGCCGCGUCUCCGCCGGCUCCUGGCGCACUUGACAAGCUGGCGGACGUAGGACGACGGGCAGAGCCUGAUGACCAUCAACGCCAGGAUGGUGAAGAGGAGGUAGCGGAUUCGGGCUCCGCUGUGCCUCCGUCGCGGGGCGCUGGCGGCGAGUCUGCCGCGACAGGAGAGGAACAGCUGGUGGAAGUCUUGAACGCGUUUCACCGCCACACAGAAAGCCUGAUGGACGAACGAGAUCGGCUUAUACAGGCGACCAACGAAGAUCUCACCUUCCUUCUUCAGGCCAUGGAGCUGGCUCUUCCGUCCAGUCUGGACACACCCUUGCUGUCCAUUCUCGAAGGCGACGUUGAUGUCCUCCCGCCUCAGCCUCCGCCGAAUGUUGAGGCGCUGAUGUACUUGCAUGCGGCGUCCUUUGCGCAGGCAGAGUGGACCUUCUCUUCGCCCUCCUCGCCUUCGUCGCUCGCCCCGCCCUGUCUCUUGUCGCCGUCGGCCAGGCUCUUCUUCGCGAACUUUGCCGGAGCGUCCCCGACCGCUGCGGGCCUCUCGGGCGAGCUGAAGGUCCGAACGCCGUCGCCGUUUCUCGGCAGGACCGGAGACGAGAGACGCCGCGUUGACGAGAGGAAGGGCAGUGUGCUGCCCGUGCGUCGGGGUCGGCCUCCGUCGGCGGCGCGUCUGCAUGCGUUGCGGAGGCUUCAAGCCGCAGGCGAGGCGGCUGUCGACUUCGGUGGCUUGGACUCGACAGGCGGCAGACUCAAGUCGAAGCGCCUGCGAGCCCUGUCUCAAGAGGGAGAAGCACGACGCGACGGCCUCCACGCGGCGCCUACGAUUCCCUUCCCGCUGAGCCGCUACCUCCACAGGCCGCCGCGUUUGGUGUCUCCCGGCGACGAAGGGCCAUGUUCCAGUGCGUUUUCUUCUCCGCUCUCGCAUCCGCUCUCGAAGGGAUCGUCGCUCGCGUCGCCGAAACGCAUGCGGCGCAGCGCCUCAUCGGAGGUGCACGAGCCCGAACGGAAGAGCCUCCGAAGUCUGUUCAAGUCGCCCUCUGCGCUGCGAGACGAAGGCGACCGCGGGGGUAGCGGGACGCUGAAGGGCGAGGCGGCCUCGCCCUCUUUCUUGGGCCCGUACGGGCGGAGACAGAGCGAGAGCCUUCGCGGGCGAAGAGACGUCCUGGUCGCGUUCCCACCCGCAGGGCUGCCCUACUCGGGGUCGCCGCGACCGCGCCUCGGAAGGCCCCGAGUCGACGGCGCGGGCUUUGAGGGCCUGGUGCGGCUGACGGAGGCAGGCGAGCGCGAGACACGACGCCGCGGCCGGCGACCGGGGGACCGAUUCGAGGAGCGAGGAAGAAGAGCCCUCGGCCCGGUGUACAUCCCGACCAAGAUCCGUGACCCGUGCACGGGUCGUGUGGCAGUGUGCGCGUAUGACACAGAGCGUGGCGAGCGCGUGCGGAAGGUCCAACUCUUUGAGAAGGCAGACGUCGGGGCGCUCUGGUGCUCACGGUACGGCCCCAACGAUGAGUUCGUGCGAUGCUUCUCGAUCGAGAAAGUCGGCAGCCUCAAGGCGCUUGUGUCGGCUGUACGCUUCAGACAGUACGUGACGGGCCAUCCUCUCGGGUACGGCAUCGGCAACUGCGUCCCCGUGGAGACCAUUCGUUCUGCGCUUUCACGGCGCACAGAAAAGUCUGCGGAGUCUUCUCGCGACCGCCGCCCGCAUGUGGCCAACGGCGCGGAGAUGCCUGCUCCGGCGGCCACGACGGGGGCUCCUGGUCCCGCUGGGGACACUCCAGACGGAGCCGGCGACGCCCAGGCGUGCCGAGAGAGAGGCGAUAUCAGGGGAGCGGCAGAAGACGCGAGAGAGCAGGACAUCCAGGUGGCGCGGCAAGGAGAGGUCGCGAGGGUGGACACGCGCGAUGGAGGCGAAGUAGGCGGCAGCGGAGACGGGACGAAGGAAGGACUGUGCAGAACAGGAGUGGGGGCCGAAGCUGCUGAGAACAGGGCGCGAACAGACGACGGGGCAGGGGCGAUGGCGGGAGACGCGGCCUCUGUGCUUCCCCCGAGCCGAGACUCGGCGCCGUCGGCGCGCGGGACCUCGGAGCCUGCACGCCCCCACGGACGUGUGGACGAUGAAUUUGAGCGGGAAGAAGGCAAAGAGAGAGACGCUCAGGCAACCGCUCCGCAAAGCGAGAAGGAGUCUGCUCGAGGAGCUGCGUCGACUCGCGCACCAUCACUGUCGGCGCCGGCCAGCUCUGGGCCUCUGUCGACCCAGGCAGACAAGGGCGAGGAAGGUCAAGAGGGGGAUCGACCGCGUCCGGCCUGUUCGGCUUCUGAGGGCGAGAGACCGGACUCAGCUCGAGGGCAAACGCCCGCGCCGACCUCCCCCACAAGUGGUUCGCUGCCUGCGUCUCCAGCCUCGAUUUUGCGUUCGCCGCUCGCCGCACCCGGCUCUUCUGCGGGCGCCGCGCCGCCUCAAAGCUCGCGCCGACAGUCUGUGAGUUCGCUCGACGAGGCCUCGGACGAGCACUGGGACUUGGGCGAGGACUUUGGGUUCGUGGGGGACGAGGCGUUUCCCUUCCUGGACUCGGGAGCCGGCGCGGCGCUGCUAGUGUCGCCGAGACACUUCAUGUCGCCGGGGAGCGCGUCGCCCACGGGCGGGGGUCUGGGCAUCCACUACGACAAAACGAAGCACCGGUGGAAGGCGACUUGGACGACUCUCGAUGGCCAGCGAGCGUCGACAUCGUUCUCAGUGAAGGUGCUCGGAAUGGAGCGAGCGCGAGAACUCGCGCUGGAGGCGCGCCAGCGCGCACUCGCGGGCUUGGACCCGCGAGAAGUCCGCGAGGAGAUGGUGGCAGGCGGAGCAGCGGGACGCGAGAGAGACAGAGAGAGGUCGGACCUGGGGCGCGAGGGCGACCGCCGGGGGGUCGAGGGUCGGACCCCAGUCGGCGUUUUGGACGGCACCGGCGAGGAGGCCCGCGAACGCCUGCGGAAGCGUGCAGACCGAGGCGACGGCGAGACGGCGACCGGGGAGGACGAUCGCGAGGAGGAGCGGCGCAGGAAGAAGUGCCGCGGGGACGAAGGCGGCCGAGGACCGGACCUAGACAGAGAGGAGCGGCGGGAGUUGCGGAGGCGGAAGGGAAAGGGCGAGGUCGGGACCCUGCGGGACGGAGCGAAGUUUCCGGCGGGCCUCAAGUGCAGUCAGGAACUGAAACUGGCGGGCACCGGCCCCGAGGCGAGGAAGGGAGACGAGCGCCGCCGGGAGCUCCGCGUCGGCCGUCGCGACCUCGAAGGGAAGGACUUUGAGCGGGAGCGACAAGGGAGAGGAGACGGAGUCGACAGGAGCGCCGAGGAAAGCAAGCUGGAAGACGAGCGCGGGAGACGAAGGGAGCGAAGGCGGCACGAGGCAGCCGAACGAGAGAGAGAGAGUCCGCGCGGUGCAGGCCAGACAGCGAGUCGGACUAACGCCGAGCGUUCGGCGGACGCGCGAGACGACCAGAGAGUCGGGAGGAAACCCAGUUUGCUCGGUGCGCGCGAGGGCGAGACAAGAGACGGGAAAGCGUUUUCCAGUCGGCAGGUCCAGGAGCCGUCAGACCUGUCGCAUCCGCAGCUGGUCGCGUCUGUCGAUGUGUCGCAGCUCGGCCGAGGCGGAGACGCAUCUUUCGCGUCUCGUUCCGCGCUCGCCUCGGUCUCACUCGCAUCUGCAACCCUGGACCUCCACACGGCGAGAACGAAAGACGAGGACGAGGAGAGCGUUGCGGUGUUUCUCACCCCGGAAGGAAGCGGGUCGGAGAGAGACAAAGAGCCGGCGGCGGGUCUCCAGCGAAGAGCCUCUUCCUUGUCGCUCUCGUCUGCGGCCGGUGGCUGCCGAGACUCCCCGCAGACUUCGCCUCUGCCGUCGCGACCCACGCGGCUGCGGGAGUCGGCGCGGCUGAAGCGCGGCGAAGAGGACGCGCGCGACCGCGGCGAGCCUCAGAAACUGAAACGCCAUCUGUACGAGGAGUCUGGAGCUGCGCGGGCGUCUCCCGCGUCGGUGGCCUCUCCGGGAGAUGGCAGCGGGCCGAGCUUGAGGGCGUUCGAAAGAGAGAAGGAAGAGCGAGGCGCCGGAUACACCGUGAAGAAGCCGCUGCGACCGCACAGCAAACACGACUUCACAGCCGAAGGCCUCAGCAAGUUUCAAGAGCUGCUCAGCUGGGACUGUGAGAUAGAAGUGGCUGGAACGGACGAGCACAUCUGGCGGGCCGUCGCCGCACUCCCUGGACCCCGACCGCGCCCGAGAUACGUGUGA